AUGGAGCCGCAAUUGCACGACACUGGCAUGACCAUCGGCCGUUACACGCAUGUCCAACACUACAAAGACGGCCUAUUCUCCGAGAUCUUCAAGGCCUUGGUCCCAGCGGCAGAACGCCAGCCAACCGAUCCAGUCUUAGUAGCACUCAAAGUCACGACGCUCUUCGACAACACUCCACCGCACGAUGCUGCUAAAGAAGCGCGCCUACUCGAAGCUGCCAAGGGACAGAACAUCGUUCCGUUGCUCGAGAGCUUCCAGCGGCCUAGCGGUCGGCUGAACAUGGUAUUUCCGUUCAUGCCGCAUGACCUUGGAAUUCUGCUUCAGCGAAAACAAAUCACGAAGGGGACUGGCAGGGCUAUCAUAAGGGAUCUGUUCUCGGGACUGAAACAUCUUCACCAUCUCGGUAUUAUCCAUCGAGACAUCAAGCCUUCGAAUAUCCUGCUUGCCAGCUCAGACGGCCCAGCUUACAUUGCCGACUUCGGCAUCGCCUGGUCACCCCACGACAAAGCAUCUGAGCCGGCAGACCAGAAGAUAUUGGACGUUGGCACCACCUGCUACAGACCACCGGAACUACUUUUCGGCAAUCAGAAGUACGACUCCACUCUAGACAUGUGGGCCGCUGGAUGUGUGGCGGCGCAGGUGGUCUGUCUGGAUGGGAAAACACUCUUCGAUGCCGGUGAUUUGGGCAGUGAGCUGGCGUUGAUCAAAAGUAUCUUCGAGUCGCUCGGGACGCCGGAUGUUGAAGUAUGGCCGGAGGCAGCGACGUUCCCAGACUGGGGCAAAAUGAACUUCAAGCAGUAUCCCGGGAAGUCCUGGGAGGAACUACUGCCAGGGGCUGGGCAGAAUGCGAGAGAGCUUGUCAGGGGUUUGGUGGUGUUUGAGUCUGGUUGGCGGUUGACUGCUGAAGCUGCGCUGGAGCAUGGCUAUCUCAAGACAAGCUGA